UACUCUGGAGAAAAUGCAGAUAGUUUUUUUUACAUUAUUUUGGAAACAUAAUAAUGAGGUGUGAUUUUGAAUAGCCCCUUGCCAACAGAUUUCUGGACACAGCUCAGCAGAUCACAGAAAUCAACGUCUAUGGACUCUGUCUAGACUUAUUGCUGCUUCAGUAAAGCAGCCAGCAUAAUCGAAGAGCCCACCUACCCCAGAGAUUCUCUAUUCUCCUCUCUCCUAUCGGUCAGAGAUACAAAAACCUGGAAGCAUUUACCACUAUGUUCAAGGACAGCUUUACUAUUAAUGAUUCCCUAGUACAAUGAUUCAUCUCAUAAAUUGUUACGAUCUUGCAGUUUAUCCGUAGCUGUUAGACUUCAUUCGGCAUUGUUAUCGUUUCACCUUGAACUAUCUCAACGUACUGCAUAAUGAAUUGAUCUGAAUGAACAGUAUCGCAAGACAAGCAUUUCGUUGUGCCUCUGAACCGAUUCCACAUCAUAUCAUCACCCAUUAAAGCAUUCUUUGAACCAGUGCCAAUGGAAAGAAAUUUUUAAAAAUAUCUCCCAACUUUGAUUAAAAAGUCCUGGAGCUGUUUCUCCUUGGUUUUGGUUUAUGAUUUUCACAUAUACCGAGAGCCCAGACGGAUCAUCUCAUACAUAAUUAAUUUGAGGCAGUAACUGGCUAUUUUUCAGUAUGCAACACACAGAGAAUGCUGGCAGAACUCCGGACUGAAGGAGGGUCUCGGCCUGAACCGUCGACUGUUCACUCUUUCCCAUGGAUGCUGCCUGGACUGCUGAGUUCCUCCAGCAUUUUGCGUGUGUGUUGCUUUGGAUUUCCAGCAUCUGCACAUAUUCUCGUGUUCGUGAUUUUCCCCUGCGUAUUUAAGAGUCGUCUUACUUUAGAGUUUUGCACCAGAGCCAUUAAAAAGGGCUCAAAAUCACCCAAAGAACUGAGGUGCGCAAACAUUACAUAAGGCUGGCGUCAGCUAAAUCCUUCCGGGGCGGUUCCACACAGCAUCCCGUUGGGCUUUGACCGAUAUCUGCGGCAGUCUAGCCCGGUUUCGUUGGGUUUUUACCGAUAAUUGAGGCGGCCACCGAGCUUUAUCUAACAUCCCGGACGGCCCGUGUUUCCGGCGCUGCCCUAAUUUCCUCUCAAAGAUGGCGGCGCUGUGUCGGGGACGGAGCGGGGUCUGGUUGUGGUGGCGUUCGGCCUGUGUGCAGUCAACCCGCAGUGCACAGACAGCGGCGGCAGCUGCACCUGCCACAACAUCUCGCAUAAAGAAAUUUGCCAUUUACAGAUGGAAUCCCGAUAAACCAGGAGACAAGCCUCGUAUGCAAACCUAUGAGAUUGAUCUAAAUGCAUGUGGUCCAAUGGUACUAGAUGCUCUUAUCAAGAUCAAGAAUGAGAUGGACUCUACACUAACUUUCCGCAGGUCUUGCAGAGAGGGAAUUUGUGGCUCCUGUGCUAUGAAUAUCAAUGGAGGGAACACUUUGGCAUGCAUCUGCAAAAUUGACACCAACCUCGACAAAGUAUCAAAGAUCUACCCCCUACCUCAUAUGUAUGUAGUAAAGGAUCUUGUUCCGGACCUCAGUAACUUCUACGCUCAGUACAAGUCAAUAAAACCUUACCUGCAGAAGAAGGAUGAAUCUCAGGCAGGCAAGGACCAGUACCUGCAGUCAAUUGAAGACAGACAAAAACUGGAUGGUCUAUAUGAGUGUAUCCUUUGUGCCUGUUGCAGUACCAGCUGCCCUAGUUAUUGGUGGAAUGGAGAUAAGUACUUGGGUCCUGCAGUACUAAUGCAGGCAUAUCGAUGGAUGAUUGACUCCAGGGAUGAUUUCACAGAGGAACGCCUAGCUCAGCUACAAGAUCCUUUCUCCCUCUAUCGUUGCCACACUAUAAUGAAUUGCACAAGGACCUGUCCAAAGGGUCUGAAUCCUGGCCUAGCAAUUGCUGAGAUAAAGAAGAUGAUGGCAUCAUAUAAAGCAAAAGCUUCAGCAGCAUAGGAAAGUGUAUGUGAAGUUAUCUAUAUGCUGUAAUUAUUUGUAAAUCUGAAGUGUCAAAUAAAUCAAUAGUGAUUUUAA